UUCUGGGCGAUGCUUUUCUCCACGCUUCCCACGAAUGUCAGAUUUGCUAACACUUGGCAGGCAAAUCAAAAGUCAUCAACAAGGCUAUUCAAGAUAUGGGCAUGGGCUCAUACCAGUGGAAGCUCUUUACACUCUGUGGUUUUGGUUGGAUGGCCGACAACCUCUGGCUUCAAGGCGUUGCCUUAACUCUCGACCCCAUUGCCGCUGAAUUCGGCGUCGACAGCAACCGUGUACGCUACACUACCCUUGCUCUCUUCACAGGUCUCUGCAUUGGUGCUAGUUUCUGGGGUAUCAUCUCGGACAUUAUCGGCCGUCGUUACGCCUUCAACAUGACACUCUUCCUUGCUGGUUCUUUCGGUCUCGCAGCUGGUGGUGCUAACAGCUGGAUUGCUGUUUGUGCUCUCUACGCCUGUAUUGGACUCGGUGUAGGUGGUAACCUUCCUGUCGACGGUGCCUUGUUUCUCGAGUUUCUUCCCGGCGAGUCCAACUACCUUCUCACCCUCCUCUCUAUCUGGUGGCCCGUUGGUCAACUCAUCUCCUCUCUUCUGGCGUGGGCUUACAUCCCCAACUUCUCUUGCGCCGCUGAUGCUGCAGUCUGCACCAAGGCAGACAAUUGGGGCUGGCGUUAUUUCAUCCUGACUCUGGGCGCCAUCACCUUCCUGAUGUUCAUCUUCAGAUUCUUCCUCUUCGAUCUCUUCGAGUCGCCCAAGUUCUUGCUCUCUCGAGGUCGUCAGGCUGAAGCUGUUCGUGUUGUUCAGGGAAUUGCUGCUGCCAACAAGACUACCACCUGGUUGACCGAGGACAUCCUGAACCAGAUUGGCGGUGACCCUGAUGUGACUGAGGACCAUAAGCUUAGUACUCUGGAUAUCGUCAAGCGUGCCGCUGGCAAGUUCUCUACUCAGCGUAUCGGUCCUCUUUUCCACGGCUGGAAGCUUGCCUCCACCACCGUCCUCAUCUGGUUCGCCUGGACUACCAUUGGUAUGGGAUACCCUCUGUUCAACGCUUUCCUGCCUCAGUACCUUGCCAACAACGGCGGCGGUGGUUCCAACUCUGUCUCGACUACCUACCGUAACUACGCAAUCACCUCGAUCGUCGGCGUUCCUGGAUCUUUCCUUGGCUGCUACACCGUCAACCUCAAGUACAUUGGUCGUAAAGGCACCAUGGCGGGUGCGACGGCCAUCUCUGGCAUGUUCUUGUUCCUCUUUACUACAAGCACCAACUCCGGUACUCAACUCGCUUUCUCAUCCCUCGAGGCCUUUUUCCAAAACAUCAUGUAUGGUGUAUUGUACGCCUACACACCCGAGGUCUUCCCCGCCCCCAACCGUGGCACAGGUACUGGUAUCUCGAGUUUCUUCAACCGUCUCGCUGGUCUCUGCGCCCCCAUCGUGGCAGUCAAUGCAGCCAGUGCCAACCCCAACGCUCCCAUUUACGCAUCAGGUGGUCUCUUCUUUGCGGCAUUUGUCGCAAUUUGCUUGCUCCCAAUUGAGACGAGAGGCAAGCAGACGCUGUAAAAAGUCUGGGUUCCAUUAGUUGUCGGAACGAGUUCCAUGGCAACCCUUUCACGAAGGCCCUGGUGGCCAAUCAUGGCAUAUAUACCCCCCCAUUGCUAUUAAACAAAUUCAAGUUACAUUUUUAAGCACAAAAUUCAUGUCGGCCAAUCCGUUUCACGAAUGCGUUGUUGAUUGCUGCUCUUGAUUGAGUAGGAGCGAAGCAUUAGAAGGAUAGCGGACUUCUUUCCGCCGUGUGCCUUCCUCAACCCCACCACCUCGCGGGGCAUUCGUCGACAUGUGAAGAUUGUCUGUUUUUCAGAUCAUGGAAGCAAUCAAGUAUCUGGUGAAGGAUGCGAAUCACCUCCUUAAUUAGCAUCCUCUCAGAUACGUGUAUCACGC